AAAUAUUUCAAGAUUACCUCGAAACCAACUGCUCGGGCUUUCAACAUCACACCGCAAUUGGGCCCGCCAUGAUCCGGCAUCCGCUAAACUCGGCAGCCGGCCGCGCCAGGCCAGAUCUAAACCGAGUCGCCGACGGCAUCGCCGCCUCCCUGCGACAAUUCUCCGUCUCCGCGCGCCGGGGCGCCGAAGACAACGAUGACGAUCACUCGCAGCGACCUUCCAGUCGGCAGCGUUCCAUAGCUGCUGUCAACGAGCUGAUCGCGACGGUGGAUAGCGGUAUCGGCGCAUCGAGGCCAACCCAGAACACAGCUGCGAAUGCCCCGCCUCCUGCCCGGAGCCAGGGCCCGAAUGUUAUCACCUUGAAGAAUAUACCCCGCGGCGGCUUCAGCGGCAUCACGAGGACUGCAUAUGGCGGCCCGAAUAUUAUCAGAACCGAUAGCUUGCCGUCUCGCGGCGGUUUCAACAGCAUAGUAAGGACUGGCCCGCCACCCACCGGCAUGCCACCUCGAUUCGGUGCAAAUGGUAGCCCGAAUAUCAUACGAGGCGGUUUCCGCGGCCGCGGAGGAGGCGGCGGAUCUCCGCGAUUUGGGCCUCCGCGACAGGGAGGACCGAGUGGUGGUGGUGGUGGUGGUGGUAGAGGAAAUCGACGCCCGGACGACCGACCACAGCGCGCACGCGGAUCCCGCCGCCGACGAGGCGGCGACGACGACGAGAAAGGCGCCCGACGACGCGAAGCAGGGCAACAGGCAAAGGAAGAAAACGAGAUAGACAGCCCCGCCAUCAGAGCAUACCUCGAGGGCAAGGAAACCGGCCGGACCAUAGCCUUCAACCCCAGCCUCUCGCUAGCCUCGCUCGCGGGCUGGGGCCCCGCCGUAGCCACGUCCUCGACGCCCUUCGGCCAGGGCGAGACGGUCCUCCGCCAAGCGCGCAUCCUAGGCGGCGGCCAGGCGUUCCACCCGCAGCACCUGGAGCAGCCGCUGUCGCUGCAUCUGGCGUGGCGGGACGGCAACGGCGCGUUCGUGCCGCCGUCGGACGAGGCGCGGAUGUGGAAGAAGCAGGUCCUUAAGGAUAGGCCGUUCGAGGCUCCCGCUGAGAUUAAGACGGCGGUGCUGGAGGACGCGCUGCUGGGCAAGUAUGGCGAGGGGCCUAAGUAUGCGGAUCCUCAGGAUACGAUUGGGACUCUGCGCAGCUACGUCCGGAGAGAUGGCACGUGGAAUGCGCAUGCGCAGAGGAGUAUUGAGGCGAAGGUUCAGAGUCUGCUGGGCCAGUCUGGUCAGCAGCCAGCUGCUACGGCUGACAGUGGUGCUGCGAGGCCAGAGGCCAAGGCUUGAUUUAUCUGGCACCCUCCCUCUAGGCCGUUCCGGUGGGAAUUACACAGGAUGGGCGUAUGAUUCGGCGUCUUUAGAUUCGGGCUCUAAGCAUAAAAUGUACUGCUACCACGCGACGCAUGUAACAAUAACAGGUAGUCUAUAAUACAUCUGUGCUAUACGACUACAUACCUAUGCACACCUCUGCUGAUCAAGCCGAGGCCGUACCCC